CAAACUGAAUAAAUAUUGUUGAACAUCUAUUUUUAAUAACAUGGACGGAUAUUGUUGGGUGAGGAAGUAUCUUAUAACCACUUACAACUUUGAAUAUAAUAAAAUGACUUUUUAGAUUCUCUUACUUAUAAAAGUAAAAAUCUCUCGUAAAAAGGAUAUAAAUCUAAAAUCAAAAGUGAAAAUCACUCGUAAAAAAGAUAUAAAUCUAAAAACAAAUUAGUAAAGAGUUAUGAAACCAAUUCUCUCUAUGUCAAAGUUUGAAUUAAUAUCGAAAACGCAUUUUUUGUAAACUGAUUAAAAAGAAAAAGUAAGAGCACCAGACACAUACGUUGAAACUGUGAGGGUACUGACUAUUUAAGGCUGCCUAAACCAUAUACUCUCUUUCUCUUAUGUCAGUUCUAACUCUUGAAACCAAGAAAACUCUCUUUUGUUCCCAUGGCUACCAAUUCAUCACACAACAGUCUUGUUCAUCUUAAUGAAGUGACUGUAGCCAUGGUGCCAUGGCCUGAACAUGGCCAUCUCAACUUACUCUUCUAUCUAGCUCGAAUCAUCGCCUCCCACAACAUUCCUGUACACUUUAUCUGCCUCUCUGCUAGGAACCAAGAUCUAAGAAAACGCCUCAGAGACGGUCUCCAAAUUUCUGUCGAAAACCUUGGAGAUUCAAACAUCCGUUUCAAUGAUCUCUUAGUACCUUCUACACCGACAGAAACCAAAGAUGUUUUCUUGGAAAGACUAGGUGAGUCCAUUUGCAGGACAUGUCAUGAACUAUCGACCAAUACAAAAAGAUUGGUCAUAGUUCACGAUUGUCUAAUGAUGAGUUACAUAGGUGAUCAUUUGCAUUUGAUGUCGAACUUCAAGUGUUAUGCUUUCCACCCUACUUCAGCUUUCACCAGGUACUCUGCUUUCGGACAAACUAUUCAUAUAGUUGAUGAAGAUCACGAAGAAAUGAUUCAGCAACUUGGUGAGGAGUUUCCAACUGUGGAGAGUACUUUUGGGCUGAAUAUGGCUGAGCACGUUGGGAAGGAACUUAAAUGGAAGCACAACUCUGGAGAUAUCAUUAAUUCCUGUAGAGAAUUGGAAGGCAAGUUUAUAGAUUCACUUGGUAAGGUAAAAGAGAAUACACCACUAUGGGCUUUCGGUCCAUUUAACAUGAUGCCCGAAUUAAUAGACUCACUUUCUAACUUUUCAUCCGGCAACAAAAGAACUAGCCAUAAAUGCUUAGAAUUUCUUCACAAGCAAGAUGUUAACUCAGUAAUAUUCGUGUCGUUUGGAACAACCACUACAUUAUCACAAGAGCAAGUGAAGGAGUUAGCACUUGGUCUAGAACAAAGCAAUCAUAAAUUCAUAUGGGUAAUAAGAGAAGCAGACAAAAGGGUAGACAUGGAGAAUAGUGAAGAAAGACAUGAGAAGAUUUUGUUGCCAGAACGGUUUGAAGAAAGAGUUGAAGGAAGAGGAAUGGUGGUGAGGAGUUGGGCACCUCAAUUGGAAAUCUUAGGACAUCCGUCUACCGGCGGAUUUUUGAGUCACUGUGGAUGGAAUUCUUCAAUGGAGAGCAUAAGUAUGGGAGUUCCAAUGGCAGCUAUGCCAAUGGCAGUUGACCAGCCAUACCACACUCUGUUGGUAACAAACGUUUGGAAGAUUGGAAUCUCUGUGUGGAGCUGGGCACGUCGAAAGGAAAUAGUACCAGCAGCCGCAAUUGAGAAAGCUGUCAAGACUUUGAUGGGAACAUCAGAAGGGGAAGAGAUGAGGCAGAGGGUGGUGGAGCUGAGAGAUAGCAUCAAGAACUCUGCUAGCCAUGGAGGACUUUCACAUAAGGAGAUGGAAUCUUUCAUCUCUUAUAUUACCAAGAACUGACUUCUAUUGCUCAGUUUGUUGGAUUUGGCUUGUAUGAAUUCUCAUACUUGCUGAUGUUUUACUUUGGUGUCGGUUUUCAAAAUAAAGCUUUUGCUUAAUCUUCUGAUUCUUGUUUCAAAAUGAAAGGUAUGGAAAUCAAUGUCUACUUGUUAGUUA